GACCAAUCAGCUGUUGACCGUUGACAGGCAACGUCAGAAAUGUCCUCUCACUGACCAAUCAUCGACGUCGGGGGGUGGUGGUUUGUGCCCUCCAAUAUCCCAUGUGACGCUCCUCAGUCGUUCCCAGGCGUUUACAUCCAAGAGCCGGAGACUAUGGAUCAGAAGGUCGGGUUGUUGGUUCUCCUGGCAGUGGGCCUCCUCUGCCUCAGUGUGGCCCCUUUUUCUCAGGCUGAGGACCUGAUGGAGGACGUGCUUGGUGACGACGUGGACGUGGAGGACGAUCUGGAUUUAGGGUUAGUCGGAGCCGAGGAGGAAGAGCAGGAAGGGGACGUGCAGGACGAAGCUCCAGCUGCACCAAAAACUCCUCCUACACCCAAGGUAAUCUACAAGGCUCCAGAGCCGAUGGGGGAACAUUUCAUCGCUGAGUCCUUUGACCGCGGGACACUGGAUGGUUGGGUGGUUUCAGUUGCCAAGAAGGAGGACGCUGAUGAAGACAUCGCGAAGUACGACGGUAAAUGGGCGGUGGAGGAGAUGAAGGAGAGUAAGCUCCCCGGCGAUAAAGGCCUGGUCCUGAAGUCUCGGGCCAAACACCACGCCAUCUCAGCCCAGCUGCUGCGACCUUUCACCUUUGACACCAAGCCGCUCAUCGUCCAGUACGAGGUCAACUUCCAGGCCGGCAUCGACUGUGGUGGCGCCUAUGUGAAACUGCUCAGUCAGACGCCCGACCUCAACCUGGACUUGUUCAAGGAUAAAACUCCAUAUACCAUCAUGUUUGGACCCGACAAAUGUGGAGAGGAAUACAAACUGCACUUCAUCUUCAGACACAAAAACCCGAAAACUGGAGAGUAUGAAGAGAAACAUGCCAAGAAGCCAGAUUCUGACCUGAGGACAUACUACACAGAUAAGAAGACUCACCUGUACACACUGGUGUUGAACCCCGAUAACACCUUUGAGGUGCUGGUGGAUCAGACGGUUGUGAAUAGCGGCAGCUUGCUGACGGACAUGACCCCCGCCGUCAACCCCCCUGCCGAGAUCGAGGACCCUGACGACCAGAAGCCAGAGGACUGGGAUGAGAGGCCCAAGAUCCAGGACCCCAGUGCCACCAAGCCGGAAGACUGGGAUGAGGACGCUCCCGCUCAGAUUCCAGACGAAGACGCAGUGAAACCAGACGGCUGGCUGGACGAAGAGCCAGAGUACAUUGGAGACCCCGAGGCAGUCAAACCUGAAGACUGGGACGAGGACAUGGACGGCGAAUGGGAGGCCCCUCAGGUACCCAACCCCGCUUGCGAGACCGCCCCUGGUUGCGGUGCCUGGAAACGGCCCAUGAUCGACAACCCCAACCACAAGGGCAAGUGGAAGCCACCCAUGAUUGACAACCCCAACUACCAGGGCGUGUGGAAGCCGAGGAAGAUCCAGAACCCUGCGUUCUUCGAGGACCUGCAGCCGUUCCGGAUGACUGCGUUCAGCGCCGUGGGGCUGGAGCUCUGGUCCAUGACCUCCGACAUCUUCUUUGACAACUUCUUCAUCACAGACGACCGUGCCACUGCUGAUCGCUGGGCCGCCGACGGCUGGGGGCUGAAGAAGGCCGCCGAGGGCGCCGCCGAUCCCGGUUUGGCAACUCAGAUGUUGAGCGCUGCAGAGGAGCGCCCGUGGCUCUGGGUCGUCUACGUCCUCACUGUGGCUCUACCGCUCGUCCUCAUCAUUGUCUUCUGCUGCACCGGCAAGAAGAAGAGUCCUGAGACACCAGCAGCAGAGUACAAGAAGACCGACGAAGCUCAGCCUGACGUGAAGGAGGAUGAAGAGGAGGACGAGGAAGAGGAGGGCAAGGCCGAACAGAAGAGCAGUCCAGCUGCAGAAGAGAAUGGAGAGGAUAUACCUGCAGAAGAUGAUGAUGAAGAGGAUGCAGGGAAGGAGGCGACGGCUGACGAGAAGUUGGAGGACGAUGUCCUGCGGAGAUCUCCGAGGAACAGGAAGGCCAGAAAGGACUGAUAUCUCUCUAUUUACAUCUGACCUCUACACCACCCCACCCCUCCUUCUAAAGUAUCCCCCCCGCUACCCUCCUCCUCCUCCGAGGCAAUGAAGACUAAAUGGAACCCCGUGGCAGCAGCAAAGCUGACAGGAAAUUAAUCAACACCUCCAACAUAUGGAUGCUGGCUCGUCAUAAUUCCAGUGUGAACAGGACUGAGGGUUUCCUUUUUGUUUAUUUUUGUUUAGAUGAGAGAAUAUAAUUAACUAAAACUUCCUGCAUCAUUCCACCUUAGCAGACUCAAAGUCAUGGGAUCAAUGUGUCCUGUCAGCUGCCCCCUGCUCACCGUCCGGCGCCGUCCUGAGCUAACAAAGCGCCUCCCUACCAACGGCCCCCGAAUUAGUCUCCUGACUGAUGGAAAUUUGGCCUUCAACACCCACUACUUAGCCAUCAAUUUGAAUUAGCAUCUUUUUCUUUUUAGUGACCAACAGCAUGCUAAUUAGCUUUGACAUCAGGGUGCCAAUUAGGCUAACUGUGAUCUCAAUUAUCCAACAAACGUUCAGAAAAGAUUUGCUGGUUAGCCAAAUGAAAUGCUGUUAAUUUGCUGGUAAUCUGGUGCUAAUUAACGGUCAAACAAAUUAUCUGGCAAUACAAAUUAAUUCUAAAUUUGUCAAUUAGCCUGCUAACAAGCCGCUAACUAGGCUAACAUUCAGAAUUAACAGUCAAGGAUAUAAAUCUCAAAACGUCUUGCUUACUAGCGCCUUAACUGGAGUGCUACUUAUCUCAACAUCACGGUGCUAAUAAAACUAAAAUCGAUCCGAAUUAUCCAACAAUCAGAUCAUUUUUCAACAAGCGUAUUUCCAAUUAGCCCUUUAAACAUUAAACAAGUCUAGUCUAUUGGACUAGCAGCCAGCUUGAGAGCAACCUGCAAUUCACCUGCAAUCAGUUGAUCUUUUAGCCUUCUGUGAGAUUUACAAACUCUCAGGAAAUUAAGCCACCAAAAGCGUUGCUAAUUAGUUUCCUAGCAGGCUAAUUGGCUCAUGAACAACUUCGUAGUAAUACGGCUACUUGGAACUAUUUUAAAGCUGUCCUCUCACAAACUUCUGCGUUAACAAUGGGGGCUCUAACAAGUCCGCAGAUAUUGUAAUUGAAUUACCAACAACUAGCUAAUUAGCCUGGUAAGCCGCUAAUUCAUCUACUAACCGUUGGCCUUCAUAGAUUUAUCAAAUUAGCUAGUGAUUAGCCACCAUGCUAAUAUUUAAUAAGAAUGGCCACUGAUACUUUUUUUUCUGUAAUUUUCUAGUUUUGUGUUUUAAGCUGUUGGCUCCACACACAGCGCUCAAUUUUCUUCUCUAUUUCUACUGUGUGUUUUUCUGAUGGCAGGGGGGGGGUCAGAGGUCAGAACCAGUGAGCCUAGAAGCGUUUGAGAGGAAGCCUUGGAUUUUAUUGUCAGGCGCAGGUGUUUUGACACCUGGUUCUGUCAGCAGAAGAGGUUUUCACUCUAGUAGUAGAUGAGUAGAUUGGUUUUAUUCCACCUUCUGUGUUCAACAGCUACUUUUUAUCUAUCCAAACAAACUUUGCAAACGCUUGUUGGCUCCUGGGCAUCUGGGCGUGGAUCCGUUUACCUUUUAAAUCACCUGUGUAGCUUUUCAUGUUACAUCACCCAGCCAGUCUUCAACCCCAUGUGAACAGAACGAAAAGCACUAAGAGGGAAAAGUGAAGCGCUUAACACUCACCUGUCGACCCCUCCACCAAGCAGACGCUCUACUGUCCAUGUCGGCGGUUUAGGUAACAGCAGUUUGACGUAAUAAACUGAACUCGAGGUUAACUCUCAGAUGCACCUUGACUGUAGUGUCACACCCGGGUCACGUGAUGAAAACCUAAGCUAAUUUGAUCCGCUGAAAAAGAGGUGCAGGCGACAGGUGGGGGAAAAAAAACGAAACAUGUCAGACACAUGGCUGAAAUGUAUUCUGCAGUUACCUAUUGGUGUAUUAAUAAUCAUGUCAUCCAGGAGAGCAGAAUAGGCCAGACAGACAAUUGUUAAAACCGGAAACCAACCACCAGGUGUCACCAAAAUGAAAGCGUACAUUUUUUCAUCAGCUGGCAACCACAAACAAAUUUCAGUAGCUUUGGGCUGCAAUCCUGACCUAUUAACGCCGCCAUCAGGACAAGAGGUUCUCUCCACCAGUGUGAUGCUGAGGAAAACACAAACAAUCAUGAACUUUGUAAAGAUUCGUAAUGAUUUUUAUUAUCAAUCAGGAAAUCCUUUUUGGGUUAUUCAUAGACCAGAAGGUUCGUACAGACUAAACCUCCCCAGAUGUUUUACUCCUGUCCCUUUAGAGCAUCAUUUGGUUGCAUCAGUGUACUGAUUUAAAAGUAAAAUAAAAACAAAGGUUUGAAUGUCAAAGUUGUUUGAUAAAACAAGUAACUACAUGAAUUCAGUCUUGUACCAUCGAUGUGUCCUCUUGUUGUUUUCUGUGGACUCUUAAUCCGGCUCAGGAUUUGCUGACCAGCAGCGUGACAAGUAGCCGAUAGGGUGGGGGGGGGAAGUUGGCUGUGGGAUCUCAGUCUGUCGGUCAAACUUUGGGGCACGGAGAUCCAAGCUUCCAUAACUUUUUUAAGGGUAAACAAGAGAAUUAUCUUCUGUUUUGUUUUGGCUGUGCGCUUUGCUGCUUGUAGUCCUUAAUGUUUUCCCCUAUGGAGUUGUGAUGCAACUCUCGUUGACCUCCAGGCUUUAAGGGCCGGCGGCCUCCUCCGGAAUGUGUCCGUCUCAGCCGUUCAUGUGCACCUCUCCCUUGUGUUUUGUCUCGGAUUUUUGUGUCUGGCUGAAGCUGCCUAGCUGAACCGACUGUAGACUGAACACUGUAUCUGCUGGUGAAACUUUACAUGACUCUGUAACUGUGCUUUUUAUUUGUCGACAUCGUGUUUAGAACUAAAUGUAACGGUUGGUCCUGCGGCCUGUUUCUGAUGUACACUAUGUAGAGAGGUGGACUGGGCCCAUGGGGCCAAAGGUCUGUCUUUGAAUAGAAAUACUGUGAUGGAGCCGGGAUGAGUGUAUAUGUAUGUAUGUAUGAGUGUGUAUGUGGACAUGCAGUCAACAUUUUGUUUUGAUGAAUAAAAAGGCCAAAAGGAAUUAAUUAUAAA